AUGACAGGUAUGAUUACGCAAGCAACAAGUGAUUUUGAAUCAGAUGAAGAUUGGGACAGAAUUAUACGUGUGGUGGAUGCAUUAAGUAACAUUAAUAAUCGCGCUGUAUUAAAGGAAUCGGUUCGGUAUUUAAAAUUAAGACUUGGCGAUCCAUCACCUCGUGUAAUAAUUCUUGCAUUAACAUUAACGGAAUCAAUUGUUAAAAAUUGUGGAGAUCUCGUACAUCAAGAGAUUGCAUCCGAGUCAUUUAUGAGUGAGAUGGAGACACUGUAUCGAACACAUGCAAGUAAACGUGGACGGAAAAGUAUGGAAAUUGCUAGUCGUGUAUUAGAUAUGAUUCAAGCAUGGGGUGAAGCUUUUUUACCAUAUCGACAUUUAUUUCCUCUGUUUGUCGAUACGUACCACAAAAUGCGCAUGAAAGGCAUUAAAUUUCCAGACCAGUACGACGAAUCAAAGGUUCCAGUAUUGACACCGCCGCCGGAAGAGAAAUGUGGCAAUCGAUGUGGCACAACAGGUGGACGUUUCGUUCCCAAUCGCGGAUCAAAUUCGAUCGACACUUCGUCAUACUCAAAUGCUAGCAGUGGACUGGGUGGAUUGUCAACACCUGAGCUCUACCGUGUCGCGAUGAACGUGUUAGAAAUGUUUGAGGACAUGUUACACGAGGCGCAAAAGGAUACAUGUGCUUUAAGCAGCCAUGGAGUAAUGAAGGAACUUGUUGUACAAGUGCAAGAGAUUGUGCAUAGGAUGGAAGGCGCUAUCCCUAUUGCCGUUGUAGAAGAGGAUGAACAUUUAGAAAAGUACUUGUCCGUCAAUGACGAUCUUCACGCUGCGCUGAAAAAAUAUGACGAGCUCUUAGCAAAAAGCCAAAGCAAGGUAGAAGAGACUGCUGCAAAGUCCACGAGAGAUUCUGCCGAAGAUGUUGACCUCGUCGAUCCUUUUGGACUAAAGGAAGACGGAUCUCUCCAAAAUAAGCAGAACAACCAGGAUUUGAUCAGUGACGAUCCAUUUGCGGAUUUUAUGCGUACAUACAGUGGAUCAGCGAUCAAAACUGCUGAUCAAAACAAGUCAGAACAAAGCUUGAAGCCUGAAGUUGAGGUCAAGGUUGCUCCGAAGAUGUCGCAAAAAGACGAGGAUGAAGACGACCCGUUUGCGAGUUUUGUGAAACAGCGUGCAACCAAGAUUCUUAGUGGUAGCAACCGGGAUGUCGAGACUAAGACGCAGGCUGCUGGAGUAGUGCAACCUGCAGCUUCUGCGACGGAUUUGAUCAACUUGUGGGAUGAAGUUCCCGCGCUUCCAGUACUUGCCAAGACUGCGGCACAAUCUGAUCUUUGGGUAGGGGAUGACCCUUCCAGUAGCUUAAGACACUCAUGUGUGGACUCAACUACUGCUUCGACGGAGACGUCUGUACAUGAUCUAUGGAGCGCCAACACGUGUUUCAACACGACCACGCCAGCACCACACACUCGCACUUCUAGCACAACCAGCAGCGCUGUAGUAGACACAAACACAAGCGACCCGUUUGAAAUGCUGGACUUCUCCACAGAGGCUUCGAUCUUGACACCAGUCCCAAUCGCCACUGCCAACAACCUCCAGCCGACUUCGGUGCUGCCUCGGCAGUCAUCACAGUCAACAGCAGCAUCCAGUAAAUCAUUCAACCCUUUUGAUUUCUAG